AUGACUGAAUUAGAUUAUCAAGGAACUGAUGAAGGGGUUUCUACCUCAUAUAGUCGAGAUCAAACGGAUCUUAAGCCGUUUCCUUCUGCAGGCAGUGCAUCUUCAUCAAUUAAAACGACGGAACCUGUGAAAGAUCAUAGAAGAAGGCGUUCUUCUAGCAUAAUUUCACAUGUGGAACCAGAGACCUUCGAAGAUGAAAAUGACCAGCAACUCCUACCAAAUAUGAAUGCUACUUGGGUAGACCAGCGUGGUGCUUGGAUUAUUCAUGUGGUCAUUAUUAUACUGCUGAAGCUGUUUUAUAAUCUGUUUCCUGGUGUUACCACAGAAUGGUCGUGGACCCUAACUAACAUGACUUAUGUCAUUGGGUCCUAUGUCAUGUUCCAUCUGAUCAAAGGUACUCCCUUCGAUUUCAAUGGUGGUGCCUAUGAUAACUUAACGAUGUGGGAACAAAUUGAUGACGAAACUUUAUAUACUCCUUCAAGAAAAUUUUUGAUCAGCGUUCCAAUCGCGCUAUUCUUAGUCAGUACUCAUUAUGCUCAUUAUGAUUUGAAGCUGUUUUCAUGGAAUUGUUUCUUGACAACCUUUGGUGCUGUUGUCCCGAAGUUACCUGUCACUCAUAGAUUAAGAAUUUCGAUUCCAGGUAUCACAGGUCGUGCCCAAAUUAGUUGA